AUGUCUUCUCCACACAACGAGCCCAUUGCCAUUGUUGGCACUGCUUGUCGCUUCCCUGGGGAUGCCACAUCUCCUUCCAAGCUAUGGGAGCUGCUCAAAGCGCCCCGAGAGGUGGCCCGGCCCAUCGACCGAUUCGCCGCCUCAAGCUUCUACCACCAUAACGGCCAUUACCACGGUGCUAGUAAUGUCCGCGAUGCUUACCUUCUUUCCGAAGACCCCCGCUACUUCGAUGCCCAAUUCUUUAACAUUCCCCCUGGUGAGGCCGAAUCCAUCGACCCCCAGCAGCGCACCGUCCUCGAGACUGUGUACGAAGCCAUUGAAUCCUCUGGCCUGGUGCUAGAGGACCUGCGCGGCUCAGAUACGGCCGUCUACGUCGGUGUCAUGUGUGAUGACUACGGCAACAUCUGCUACGUCGAUCAGGAGGCGAUCCCCACUUACGCCGCUACCGGCACUGCCCGUAGCAUUCUGUCCAAUCGUGUCUCUUUCACCUUCGACUGGCGGGGUCCGUCAAUGACCAUUGAUACGGCCUGCUCGUCGUCCCUGGUUGCUAUUCACCAGGCUGUUCAGGUUUUGCGUAGCGGAAACUCCAACGUCGCUGUGGCAGCCGGUGCCAACUUGAUUUUCAGCCCAAAUAUGUUUAUCGCCGAGUCGAACCUGAACAUGCUUUCCCCCACGGGGAAGUCCCAGAUGUGGGACGCCAACGCUAACGGGUACGCCCGUGGUGAGGGUAUCGCUGCUGUCAUCAUGAAGCGUCUCUCCGACGCAAUCCGCGACGGUGACCAUAUUGAGUGCAUCAUUCGCGAGACGGGCUGCAAUCAGGACGGUCACACUCCCGGAAUCACCAUGCCCAGCCAGGAGGCGCAGACCAGUCUGAUCCAGGCCACCUACCGUCGUGCCGGCUUGGACCUGAGCAAGCCCGAGGACCGCCCCCAGUACUUUGAAGCUCAUGGCACUGGGACCAAAGCUGGCGAUGGCGUUGAGUCCAAGGCCAUAUACCACGCCUUUUUCCCUGAUGGUCACGCUACUGACGAGAGUCUGUGGGUUGGCUCCAUAAAAACCAUCAUUGGCCAUACCGAGGGUACCGCCGGUAUUGCCGGUGUCAUGAAGGCCUCCCUUGCCAUCCAGAAUAAGACCAUCCCACCAAACUUGCAUUUCAAGACCAUCAACUCGGAUAUUGCCCCGUAUUACGGCAAGCUGCAAAUCGCCAAGACGGCGCAGGACUGGCCGGCGCUGCCCGCUGGCGCGGUUCGCCGUGCCUCUAUCAACUCCUUCGGUUUCGGCGGCACCAAUGCGCACGCCAUUAUUGAGGCCUAUGAGCCCGAGGGCUCUCACACAAAGGCUGAGACUACGCCCAAGGCUGUUAUUCCCUUGCCGUUCACCUUUUCCGCCACAUCGGAGAAGACUCUCACUAACCUCAUGACCAAGUACCUAGAGUACCUGACUGAGAACCCCGAUACCAAUCUGAACAGUCUGGCCUUCACCCUGCACGAGCGCCGUUCCACCUUUGCGUACCGCAGCUACAUUGCUGGCCAAUCUGUCAAGGAGAUCCUACCCAAGCUACAGAACGCUAUUGAGGAACAGCAGUCUGGCAACUCGGCUAGCAUCUCCCGCGGUAUUUCGGCCAAGAAGCACCUGCUCGGUGUCUUCACUGGCCAGGGUGCCCAGUGGGCGACUAUGGGUCGUGAGCUGAUCCGCGCCUCCAAGCUCGCCCAGGACAUCAUUGGCAGGCUCGAGCAGUCCCUCGCCGAACUUCCUGCCCCUGAUCGCCCGUCCUGGUCUAUCAUGGAGCAGCUGAUGGCUGACCCGGCCCAGUCUCGCAUUACUGAGGGUGAGCUGUCCCAGCCGCUGUGCACUGCCGUCCAGGUGGUUCUGGUCGAGGUGCUUAAAAUGGCCGGCAUCACUUUCGAUGUCGUCGUCGGCCACUCCAGUGGUGAGAUUGGCGCCGCGUACGCCGCCGGAUUCUUCAAUGCCACUGAUGCUAUCCGCAUUGCCUUCUACCGUGGUCGCUACGCCUUCAUGGCGAAGGGCCCUGAGGGCCAGAAGGGUGGGAUGUUGGCUGUUGGUACUACUCUUGAGGAUGCUCGCGAGCUUGUCGAGCUUCCCGCCUUUGAGGGUCGCAUCUCCGUCGCCGCAUACAAUUCCGACGCCAGCGUCACCCUCUCCGGUGACCUCGACGCCAUCGAGGAAGUCAAAGAGAUCUUGGACGAUGAGCGGGUCUUCAACCGUCAGCUGAAGGUUGACACUGCGUACCACUCACACCACAUGGUCCCCUGCUCCACCAAGUAUUACAAGGCUCUCAACGACUGCAAGGUUCAGAUCCUCAAGCCCUCUGGUGAGACCAAAUGGUACUCGUCUGUGUACGAUGGCAAGCUCAUGGAGCCUUGCGAGGAGCUCAAGCACACUUACUGGGUUGAAAAUAUGGUUAACAUUGUCCUGUUUGCUACGUCGCUCAGGUCUGCUCUCAACAAUGCCAUACCUCAGCCCACCCAAGUCAUUGAAGUCGGUCCCCAUGCAGCCCUCAAGGGUCCUGCCUCCAGCGUUAUUGAGGAGGUGGUCAAGGCUGCGCUGCCGUAUACCGGCACCCUUGCUCGUGGCCAGCACGAUGUCAAUGCCGUGGCAUCUACGCUCGGCUAUCUCUGGGGUCGGUUUGGCCGCAGCUCGGCCGACUGGAAAGGUUACUCGCAGGUCUUCUCAAGCAUUCCUACCAAUCUCCGGGAGCUGCCUAGCUACCCCUGGAAUCAUGACCGUCUUUUCUGGUAUGAGGCUCGCAAGUCGCGUGUCAACCGUCUGCGUCAGGAACCCGCUCACGUCCUGCUCGGUACACGCACCGAUUCCAUCAACGAGCGCGAGUACCGCUGGCGCAACUACAUCAGCUUGGGGGAGGUCCCGUGGCUCUCCGGUCACAGCAUUCAGGGCCAGGCCUUGUUCCCUGCUGCUGGUUUCCUCGUGAUGGCUGUUGAGGCUGCUCGCGUUGUCGGUCGUGACCAGGCCAUCCAUGCCAUUGAGCUACAGAACUCCAAGAUCCACCGUGCCCUGGCUAUCAACGAGGACAAGGGUAUCGAGACCCUCUUCACCUUGUCCAAUAUCACUACUGUCCAAAUGGGUGCAGAGGCCUCUACUGUCACUGCCAACUUCUCUUGCGAUGCCUGCCUCCAGAAGGGUUCUGAUAUCUUCACUUCCAUCGCCAGUGGUAAGCUCAUCAUGAGCCUUGGAACUCCCUCUUCCUCAACUCUGGCUGAGUACCCCAAGGAGGCUGGCCUCGGGAUGCUGGACAUCGACUGUGAGGAGUUUUACACCUACCUCGCCUCUAUCGGCUACAACUACGCCGACCUCUUCAAAGGCAUCACCUCCAUGAGCCGGUGCUGCGACUUGGCUCAGGGUGAGAUUUUCACCUCUACCGCCAGCCAGAGCGGCCCGAUGGACGACUUCCUGCUGCACCCGUCCACUCUUGAUGUUGCUUUCCAAGCCAUCUUUGCCGCCAUCAGUUACCCUGGGGACGGUGCACUGUGGGCUCUGCACAUCCCCACCACUAUCCGCCGCAUCGUCAUUAACCCUGUCAUCUGUCCGAUGAACGGCGGUCUGGACGAAAAGGUUCGUUUCUCGGCUACCUCUAACCGCGCUGAUGACGGUACUUUCUCUGGCAGUGUCGACAUUUUCCCCGUCCAUAGCGAUCAUUCACUGUGCCAGAUUGAGGGAAUGGAGGUCAGCCCUGUAACUCCCCCUACGGCCAAGGACGAUCGCCAUAUGUUUGGCCACACCAGCCGCUGGCUCUGUACUCCUGAUGCCGAGGCCGCAACCAAACCCGUCUCAAUCACCACCAAGCAGGCGCAGGAGCUCCAGCUCCUCGACAGCCUCGCGCUCCAGGAGCUCCAGAAGAUGGCUACCUCUAAUAGCUCGGAGCACGUCAAUGUGCGCACCUGGGCCCGGAGUGCUCUGAAAGUUGCUGGCACCGACGCUUCUACUGAGCAGAUUGACAGCUCUACCAUCACUGUUGACAAAGCAUCUGCUGCUAAUUUUGCUGUCCUCAAGGCCCUUGGUUCUGGUGAUUCCGGUUUACUGAAUAAGUUCUACGCCUCGGCAUUUGGUGCUGCUGAGGCUCGCAGCUCUUUGAUCUCGCUGGUCCACCAGAUUUCCCGUCGCUACCCUCACAUGCAUAUCAUGGAGCUCAACGCCGGCAAUGGUGCCGCUACCAAGCCUCUCCUGGAGACUAUCGGUGCCUUGUGCUCUGCCUACACCGUCACUGACUCGACUGACGAGCACUUCGCAGCCCUUGAUAAGGAGCAUGGUGAUGGCAUUUUCACCAAAACCCUUGACUUGGACCAGGACCUCGAGGAGCAGGGUUUCACUGCCGCCAGCCUCGAUCUUAUCAUCGCCCCUGUCGGUCUCCACAAUGUGCAGGACCGUGCUCAGGCCAUCCAGAAGCUGCGCUGGCUUACCAGGCCUGGUGGUUUCCUGUUUGUCCAGCAUAUUACCAACGCCAGUGCUCCCCACGUCGGCUUGACCGUGGCCAGCUUGACGUCGCAGGCUGAAGUUCCUGCGCUGUCUGAAUACGAUGUUCUGCUUCAGGGCGCCGGCUUCUCCGGCAUCGACUCUGUCACUCAGGACUCUGUCAGCCCCUUCAGCGUCUUCGUGUCUCAGGCUGUUGACGCUCAAAUCAACGCCAUCCGUGCUCCUCUGACUGCCGGUAUCAAGAUCACCAUUGACCAGAUCCUCCUCAUUGGUGGCCGCCGCUUCCAGACAUCUCGCCUGGUGAACAACAUCAAGAAAGCUCUCGCCCAGUACUGCGGCAAUAUCACGUCGAUCCAGAGCAUGCGCGAGUUCAAGUCGUCCAUGCUGGCGUCUAGGCCUCUUGUGCUUUCGCUCACCGAGCUCGAUGAGCCCUUCUUCAAGGAUCUGACCGAUCAGAAGUACAAGGCCCUACAGACUCUGUUUCUCCGUUCGCGUUACAUUGUCUGGGUCACUCGAGGUGCUAAUGGCGAUGAUCCUUACGCCAACGUCAUGAAGGGUAUUGCCCGCUGCUUGCUGAUUGAGAUUCCUCACGUUCACUGCCAGAUGUUCAACAUUGAGGGCAAGAUCAAGAUUGACCAGCACUCCACCAUUCUGGCCGAGCAGCUGCUGCGCCUGCACAUUGUCGAUAGUUGGAAGAACAAGGUACCCACAUACAGCGCCUUGUGGACCUCGGAGCGUGAGCUGAUGCUUGCUGAUGACAAGCUCUAUAUUACUCGCUAUGACUCCGAGGCCGAGCUCAAUGCCCACUACAACGUCUUGCGCCGUCGUGUUGUGGCAAAUAUCUCCACCGCUGACCGCGUUGUUGCCAUCACUGCAGACAAUAUGCUCCAGCAGUUCCGCCUCAAUCCCCAGGCCUCCAUUGGUGCAAAGGAGGCUAUGGUCUCGAUCACCGUCGAGAAGUCUCUGUCUACUGCUUUCAAGGUUGGCGAUCUCGGCUACUUCUACCUCAGCAUCGGAACCAAGAAGGAGACUAGCGAGACUGUCCUCGCCCUGACUGAUCAGCACCAGUCUCUUCUCACCGUUCCAGAAUCUCGCCUCCUGGCCGUCAAUGUCGCCGCCAGUGAUCGUCGUACCCUGCUCGUUUCUGUCGGUGCUACGCUCCUUGCCUCGGAUCUCCUCGAGAAGUCCACUGCCAGCGACAGACUUGUGUUCCACGAGGCCCCCAUCGUCCUGGCCGAGCUUCUCCGCGAAAAGGCCCUCAUGACCGGUGCCCAUGUCAUCUUCACUACCACCGACAAGGAUGCCACUGGCUACUGGCAACACGUCCACGAUUACACUCCCACUCGCGAGCUGAGCAAGCUGGUGCAGGCCAACACGAGCCUAUUUGUCAACUUUUCUCCCGCCAGCGAGGGCAGCGAGGUUAUCAGACGCCUUAAGGCCCAGCUUCCGUUGCGCGCUCGCCGCCGUGCUCUCUCAGAUUACCUCCCUUCGCAGUCCAUCCUCUACUCUGACACGACAGAGGAUCAACUCGCCAAGGCCCUCAAGGAAGCCCAUGAGAAGGUUAUCUCUGAAGCCUCGUCGGUUGCCUUUGGCCAGGUUGCCAAUACCUUUGUGCAGCAACUUGCCGCUAACCAGACUCUCGGUAAGCCAUUGAGCACCAUUGAUUGGACUGACCCUACUCCUUUCCCUGCCAAUUUGACUCUUGCGAUGGAUGAGGUGCGCUUCCGCUCUGACCGCACCUACUUCUUCGUUGGUAUGACUGGCAGCUUGGGUUUGUCCACCUGCGAGUUCAUGAUGGAGCGCGGCGCCAGGCACUUUGCCCUCUCUUCCCGUCGCCCCAACAUCGACCAGCGCUGGCUGGACAAGGUUAAGACCAGUUUUGGUGCCUCGGUCAAGGCGUACCCGCUGGACAUCACCAGUCGCGAGAGCCUGCAAGACGUGUACAAGAAGAUCUGCGCAAACCAGCCCCCGGUCGCGGGUGUGGCCAACGCUGCCCUCAUUAUGCGCGAUGGUCUCUUCAUGGAGUCCGACGCGACCACAAUGAACGAGGCUCUGGGCCCCAAGAUCGACGGUACCAUCUAUCUGGAUGAGCUGUUUGCCAAAGUUGAUCUCGACUUUUUCAUCCUCUUCUCUUCCCUGGUGUACAUCACUGGGAACAUUGGCCAGACCUCCUACGCUGCCGGUAAUGGAUUCAUGGUCAGCUUGGCCCACCAGCGUCGCCAGCGCGGCCAGUGCGCCAGUGUCAUGAAUCUGGGUGGUAUUAACGGUAUCGGCUACAUCACCCGUACCGAUCACAACAUUCUCAACCGGCUGGACGUCAUGGGCUAUGGUAUCAUGUCCGAGCUCGACUAUAAGUACUUAUUUGCCGAAGCAGUCAUGGCCAGUCCUCCCGACUCCGGCCGCGACCCCGAGGUCUCUGCUGGUCUCAGGUUUGUCAACCUCAAGACCGACAAGAACCCGCCCAAGUGGUCGGAGGACCCCAAGUUCAGCCACUACAUCAUUGACAAGAGCACUCGUGAGGGUGGUGAAAAGGGCGCUGAGGGCGCCCUGUCGACAAAGGCCCAGCUGCAGGAGGCUGCCACCGACAAGGACGCCUUCAACAUCAUUCUGACGGCGAUACAGGCAAUGCUUCACAAAAAGCUCGACCUGCCACCCUCGGAGAGCGUCCUGUCUGAUGUUGCCAUUGUCGAGAUGGGUGUCGACUCUCUCGUUGCCGUCGACAUGCGCUCUUGGUUCAGUAGCGAGUUUGAUCACGACAUUCCUAUCAUCAAGAUCUUGGGUGGUGCAACUCUUGCUGACCUUGUCAAUGACACUGUUGCGAACCUGUCAAUAUCUAUUGCCCCCAACUUGGGCGGCGGCGGCGCUGCGGAGGAGGAAUCCAAGGUCGAGACACCUACUGAGGCUGCCACCGCUGCACCCUCCGAUGAUGAGCCUAUCUUUUCUGAUGAUGAAGACCCUGCCACCACCGACACUGAUGAGGCCUCUAUCACUAGCAAGUCUAUCGCCGACGAGAAGGUGGAGACUGAUGCUGCUUCUGCUGCGCUUAGUGUGGUUCGUCCCGAUUUUGCCCACGUCCUGAAGAUGAGCCACGGCUGCUCUCGCUUCUGGUUCCUCCGCCAGUACCUCGAGGAUGCCAGCUGCUUCAACAUCAUUGUCCGCACUCGUCUGAUCGGUGAAGUUGACGUGGCUCGCAUGAAAGAGGCCGUCCGUAAGGUCGGUGCCCGUCAUGAGGCUCUGCGCACCGCCUACUACGCCGACGAGGAGGGCGAGCCCAUGAUGGGUGUCAUGCUCGACUCCAAGCUCCGGCUCGAGGUCAGCAAUAUUACCCACGAGAGAGAGGCCGAAAAGGCGCACAAGGAUGUGUCUAAGUACAAUUUUGACAUCGAGAAUGGCGAGGUCAUCCGCGUACAACUGCUGACUCUCAGCCCCCGCGAGCACCACCUCAUCUUCGCCGUCCACCACAUUGCCAUGGAUGGAUUCUCUUUCAACCUCAUGAUCCGCGACAUAACCAUGCUCUACCAGGGCAAGCCCGUGCCCCAGAUUGCCUCGCAGUUCACUGACCUGGCUAUCCAGCAGCGCAAGAACAUUGAGAGCGGCCGCCUGCAGGACGAUAUUGCCUUCUGGAAGAAAAGCUAUACCAAGCUGCCCGACCCUCUCCCUCUCUUCCCUUUUCCGGGGGUCGGGACUCGUCUCCCGCAGACCAAGUACGAACACGAGGAGGUUCAGAUGGUGCUCGACGCGGCGAUUGCGCAGAACAUCCGCACCCUCUGUCGCCAGAACCGCUGCACCACUUUCCAUUUCUUCCUCGCGACCUUCCGCCUCUUCCUCACCCGCUGGCUCGAGGUUGACGACCUGUGCAUUGGUAUCGCCGAUGCCAACCGCAAGGACAUCAAGACCUUGGCCACCGUCGGUUUCCUGCUGAACCUGAUCCCUCUGCGCUUCGGCGGCCUCACGGGCGAAGAGACCUUAUCCACCCUGCUCAAUACAGCCAAGCAGACCUCAUAUUCUGCGCUCAACCACUCUGCCGUGCCCUUCGACCUGCUGCUGCAGAAGCUCGAGGUGCCGCGAUCCUCCCACAGCCCCAUAUUCCAGGCUUUCCUCGACUACCGUCAGCUCGCGGUGAAGACGCCUCCCAUGCUCGAGUCUCAGAAUGAGGGCGAGAGCAAUUUCGGUGCCACUGCAUACGACGUCGUCCUCGACGUCACUGACGACUCCUCCUCGCACAUCACAAUCAAAUGGCAGACGCAGAAGUCGCUUUACAACUACCGCCACACCCAGGCCAUGAUGGACAGCUACAUGCACCUGCUGCAUCACUGUGCCAAUGGUCCCGCCGGUCCUAUCACCUCCGCUCCCCUCUACAGGGACGAGCAUGUCAUGGCUGCCAUUAAGGCUGGACGUGGUGCCGAGAUUGACAACCAGUGGCCCGAGACCCUGUCCCUCAAGGUCGACCAAGUCUCUGCCCAAUUCCCCAACGAUAUUGCCCUGCGCGACGGCCUCGGCGACUCCAUGACCUAUAAAGCCAUGGAUCGUACCGUCGACCAGAUCUCCGAGGGCCUCGUCCAGGUCGGUAUCCAGCCCGGUGACAAGGUCUGUGUGUUCCAGCAGCCCUCGGCCAUGUGGAUCUGUUCCUUGCUCGCGAUCUGGCGCAGCGGUGCCGUCUACGUGCCUCUUGACCCUCGCAACGGCCUGAACCGUCUGGCGGCCACAUGCGGUGUUAUCGAGCCCAGCUCUUUGCUCUGCGACAGCUCCACUGCCGCCGAUGUCGCCCAGCUUGCUCUCCCCCCCAGCACCAGCACCAUCAAAAUUGACCAGGUCCGGAAGGCCAAUGAAUCUCCCGCUCGCCGUCCCAACUUGUCCAAGGGUGACUCGUCUGCCAUUAUCGUCUCCAGCAGUGGUUCUACUGGUGUCCCUAAGGGUAUCGAGGUCCGCCAUCUGAGCUUGCUCAACCUUUUUGAGGGUGACAGCCUGAUCUGGAACCUCGGCCGCCCCAAUGCCGUUCAGCAGAGCGCCUACAGCUUCGAUAUCUCUCUUGACCAGAUCUUCACUGCUCUCGUCAACGGUGGUACUCUCUAUGUCGCUUCCCAGGCCCAGCGUUCUGACCCCCAUGCCAUGGCUGAGCUCAUCGCCGACAACCAGAUCACAUACACCAUGGCCACCCCGUCUGAGUAUUCCAAUUGGAUCAACUACGCCGCUCCCACCUUGUCCAAGGCUACGAGCUGGCGUCGCGCGAACGUUGGUGGUGAAGGCUGGAACGCCACCCUGCGUGACUCCUUUGCCACCCUCAAUCUGCCCAGCCUCGAGAUCCAGAACUGCUAUGGUCCUGCCGAGAACAGCAUCUGGUGCACUCGUCAUCCCAUCGCCUACCCUGCUGAGUCUACUCUGAUCCCUGCCGGUCCUGCUCUUCCCAAUUAUUCCUUCUAUAUCGUGGACAAGCAGCUCAAUGUUGUUCCCACCGGAGUCCAAGGCGAGAUCCUCAUUGGUGGUGCCGGUACCGCCGUCGGUUACUACAGGCGCACCGACCUGACCAACGAGAAGUUCAUUGAGGACAAGAAUGCCUCCCCUGCUCAUGUUGCCAAGGGCUGGAACCGCGCCUACCGCACUGGCGACAAGGGCUACCUCAUGGACGACGGUACCCUCGUUGUGCUGGGCCGCAUCACUGGCGACACCCAGAUCAAGCUUCGCGGUUACCGUAUCGAGCUUGAGGACAUCGAGGCCACCAUUGUGCGCGCUUCCAACGGCAUCCUGUCUCGCGUCGUUGUCCACGUGCGCGGGGAGGGUCAGGAGAGCUAUUUGGUCGGCUUUGUCGAGUUUGCUGACGGCUACCCAGCCGACAAGCAGAAGACCUACCUCGCCCAGCUGCUCAUCGAAAUGCCCCUGCCUCAGUAUAUGAAGCCCAACAUGCUCAUCGCCCUUGAAUGCAUUCCUCUGAACUCUCACGGAAAGGUUGACAGGCUGGCCAUUGCUACAAUCCCUGUCCACUCCCAGGCCGAUGAUCCCGAGAGCUCUCACGAGAUCACCGACACUGAAAAGGCCCUCUGGGAGCUAUGGCGAGAGAUUUUGCCCCAGUCCGUCAUGGACGGUGUGGUGAUCAACGCGAACUACGACUUCUUCCAGCUCGGUGGUAAUUCCUUGCUUACUGUUCGCCUCCAGUCUCGCAUCCGUGAGGCUUUUGGCGUCGUGGUUCCUCUUCACAAGGUCAUCGAGUCCAGCAGGCUUUCUGCUUUGGGUGUCCUCCUCGACAAUCUAUUGGCUGACUGCGGGAUCAACUGGGACCUUGAAACUGCCCUCCCGGAUGCAAUGCUUGAGAUCUCUCCAGCUGAUGCCUCCUCCACCCGCAAGAACGUCCAAGCCCUGACAGUCAUCCUCACCGGUGCCUCUGGAUUCAUUGGUCGUCACAUCUUGGAGCGCCUCAUUGAGGACCCCAAGAUUAGCCGCGUCCACUGCAUUGCUCAUCGUUCCCUGUCUGAUGAGUUGCCCCACCGCCAGAAGUUCAACGCCGUUGUCGCCUCUUCUUCGAAGAUCUCCGUACACGACGGUGACCUGAGUUCUCGUCGCCUCGGCCUGUCCGAGGCCAACUUCGCCGCCCUCGCCCAGCAAGCCGACAUGAUCAUCCACAGCGGUGCCAAUCGGUCUUUCUUCACCACGUACGACCAAGUUCGAGACAUCAACGUCCAGUCCACCAAGGAGCUCGCUCUCAUGGCUGCCGUUUCCCUACGUGACCACCGUCGCGUCGUGCCCUUCCACUUCCUCUCUGGCAGUGAGGCUGCCACUGUCGAGCCUGCUUCGGACGGUUCCCAGGGCUACGUUGCCUCCAAAUGGACCAGCGAGCGCUUCCUCGAGAAGUACGCCAGUCAGCUGCGCCUCCCUGUCCAUAUCCACCGCCAGCUGCCCGCACCCGAGAUUCAUGAAGCUCAGGGUGAGAAGCUCGACCAGAUCCUCCAGGAGUUCGUAGAUAUCGCCGCGAAUAUGGUCGAGCUGCCCGACCCAACCACCUGGGGUGGCCACUACGAUCUGAUCCCUGCUGACCGUCUGUCUCGUGACAUCGUUGGCCACGCCUUCACGGCCCUGGCCUCGACCGACAACCAGAUUUCCAGCGACAACGUCAAGCAGUACUCGCACCUGAGCUCUGUUCGCAUGGACAUUGCGAAGGUUGUCGAGAGACUGGGCUCGCUGCCCGAGUACGCCCAGAGUGACCGGCCCAAGAUCCCGGCCCACGUCUGGGUCGGCAAGGCCAAGAUUGCCGGCUUCCGUUACCAGUUCAGUACCAUGAACAUGGUCCUGCAGGAUGCGGAGGGCAAGGGCCUCGCUACGCUUUCGCGGUAG